GCUUCUCGGGGCAGACAGCCCACUUGACAUAGCGGAGGGUACUUAGAUUAUCCACCUGUAAGAACUACAUAAAAAGGCAAAUAACCCAGCGGCACUUUAACAUGUACUCAUACAAAAACGAAGGACCACGCAGAGGAAGAUCUUUUGACUCCAUGAACAUUGGCUUUGAAGAAAAACUGCUGAACAAUGAGAUAAACAAAUCAACCUUCACAAAAAUUGAAGAAAACACUGAAAAGAAGAAUACUUCAGAGAAAGGGAGAGCCACAAUCAUCUUUUCCCUCAAGAAUGAAGUGGGAGGACUGGUAAAGGCACUCAAACUCUUCCAAGAAAAUCAUGUCAACCUUGUACACAUAGAGUCCAGAAAAUCCAAACGACGCAGCUCUGAAUUUGAAAUUUUUGUGGACUGCGACAGCAACCACGAACAACUGAAUGAAAUCAUCCAUCUGCUUCGAAAGCAUGUGAACGUGGUGGAUAUGGAGCCUCCAGAUAACUCCUGUCUGCACGAGGAAGAUAUGUAUAAUGUACCUUGGUUCCCAAAGAAGAUUUCAGACUUAGACAAGUGUGCUAACCGUGUCCUGAUGUAUGGCUCUGAGUUGGAUGCGGAUCAUCCGGGUUUCAAGGACAAUGUCUACCGGAAAAGGCGAAAGUACUUUGCUGAUCUUGCCAUGGCCUACAAACAUGGGGAUCCCAUUCCUCGUAUUGAGUUCACAGAGGAGGAAGUGAAGACUUGGGGAGUUGUGUACAGGGAGCUCAACAAGUUGUACCCGACCCACGCCUGCCGGGAAUACUUGAAGAACCUGCCACUGCUGUCCAAAUACUGUGAAUUUCGGGAGGACAACAUCCCUCAGCUGGAAGAUGUGUCACGCUUCCUCAAGGAACGCACUGGAUUUACCAUCAGGCCUGUUGCAGGUUAUCUGUCCCCGCGUGACUUCCUUGCUGGUUUGGCCUUCCGUGUUUUCCACUGUACCCAGUAUGUGCGGCACAGCUCCGAACCCUUAUACACCCCAGAGCCGGACACAUGCCAUGAGCUGCUGGGUCACGUCCCGUUGCUGGCAGAGCCCAGCUUCGCCCAGUUUUCUCAGGAGAUUGGACUGGCUUCACUCGGGGCCUCAGAUGACUCAGUUCAGAAACUGGCCACAUGCUAUUUCUUCACGGUGGAGUUUGGCCUAUGCAAACAAGAAGGACAGCUGCGAGCAUAUGGAGCAGGACUGCUGUCAUCUAUCAGUGAGCUUAAGCAUGCACUCUCUGGCAAUGCAAGGAUAAUGCCUUUUGACCCCAAAGUUACAUCCAAACAAGAAUGUAUCAUCACAACAUUUCAGGAUGUCUACUUUGUGUCAGACAGCUUUGAGGAGGCCAAAGUCAAGAUGAGGGAGUUUGCCAAGACCAUUAAGCGUCCCUUCACAGUCCGAUACAACCCUUACACCCAGAGUGUGGAUGUGCUUAAAGACACUCCCAGCAUCAACAGCGUGGUGGAGGAGCUUCGACACGAGCUUGACAUCGUCGGUGACGCCCUCAGCCGGCUGAACAAGCAGCUGGGUGUCUGACUGCCCAUGUUCCAGCUGAAGUUAUCCGUCCAUCAACGUUCACCAUGUCAUCCCCAAGCACUGCUGUAGAGAUACUGCUUGUGUAUCGCCCUUCGUCAGUACAAUGAAUGUGCACUGCUUUUGGCAAAACGCCCUGUUGUCCCCACUGCAUGGUAUAUGACUUAUACAAUUUACAGAGGCGCAUUAGGUAUGUUUAGCCACUGAUGUCAGUAAAUUGCACAAACCCAAAGAGCUGCUUAACCUGAGACACUGUUUUGCUUCAGCUGUACUUGUACUACAAACAAUCAAUGCGCUUUCAUGGUACUUUAUUACCCUUUUAAAACAUCCCCAGCUGUGACAAACACAGAUGUGGUUUCCUCAUCCUAUUGUUAACUCUGCUGUUGUACAUUAUCAUGUGAAUUUUUUUGUAUUUCAUUUUCUUCUUCUUCUUCUUCUUCUUCACAUUUAAUCUUCAGUAAUAUGUAUAAAAUGUACCUUGUUUGUAUUUUCGUGUAUGUAUCAUGUUCCUUUUUAUGGGCUGUUGAGGGACAUUAUGAGAGUGAAAACUGGUGUUGUUAAGAAUGUUUUCAUGACUGAUUAUGACAGAUUUGGCCCAUGUACCCUGACCUAUUUUAUUUCACAGUGAUGAUUUUGAAUACCUCCUCUCGAAGUGAAUAUAUCUGUAGUACUCCUGAAAUCAAAACGUUAUUUUUCUACUGUAAAGAAAUAUAGACAUUAUGAGUAAGCUGUGUAUCAAACUAUUGAAAAUCAAAACAAAAAUAAAAAUGUUCAUUGUGUCUUCA